UAUAAUAAAAUAAUAUAUAACUAAUAAUAAUAUAACUAAAAUAUAACUCAUGUAAGUAAAUAAAAUAAGUGCUCUGUUACAAGUCUAGAGAUUAAGGAGUUCAGUGUGCAGGGGGGAGGAGCUGAACACGCAGCGUCAACCGGCGCCUGGACUCUGAGGUCUGUGGGAUUGGGGCAGAGCAAUCACAGAAUCUGGUUGCACAACUAGCACAGUAGGUGGCGAUAUGCACAAAGAAUGCAAUUCGCCAAAAAACGAAGAAGAAGAAGAACUCGUGUGGAGGUUCAGUGCUGAAGAAAUCACGACAACACACUCCAGCUUUUCUAUUUAACCUUCUGCUGCCAGACUGUUUAUCUGACGGACACUUCAGCUGCUUGCCUUUAUUCAGUAUAUAUUGGGGCUCAACUGUAAAUUCCUCUACAAAAGCGAUCAGGAACGCCGGACUGCUAUUUCAUCCGCAAACAGGCCUGAUGGAGGAGACACCCCAUGUUAAAAUGAGAGAAAAAACUAAAUCACUAAAGGAAAGAGACAAAAAAUGUUUCACCUGCACUCAGUGUGGAAAGAGUCUGGCAAACAAAGUGAAUCUCAAGGUCCACAUGAGGAUCCACACCGGAGAGAAACCAUUCACAUGUUCUCAGUGUGGGAGAAGUUUCAGAGACUCAUCAAACCUUAAUCAACACAUGAAGAUCCACACUGGAGAGAAAACACACACAUGUGAUCAGUGCAGCAAAACAUUUUUAAGGGCUUCAGAGCUGAAUCUUCAUCUUAGAGUUCACACAAAGGAGAAGCCUUAUUCAUGCUCUGUGUGUGGAAAGAGUUUUGUAAAUCAAGGAAGUUUAAGAUAUCAUCAGAAGACUCACACUGGUGUGAGAGAGUAUGUGUGCUCCGAGUGUGAGAAGACCUUUAUUACAGCUACAAUCUUAAAACAACACCAGAUGAUUCACACUGGAGAGAAACCGUACAAGUGUUCACACUGCGACAUGAGAUUCAGUUAUUUAGGAAGACAGAAAACACAUGAGAGGAUUCACACUGGAGAGAAACCUUACAAGUGUUCACACUGCGACAAGAGAUUCAGUCGGAUAGAAAACCACAAAUCACAUGAGAGGAUUCACACUGGGGAGAAACCGUACAAGUGUUCACAGUGCGACAAGAGAUUCCGUGAUUCCCAAUGUCUAAAAAUGCACCAGAGGAUUCACACUGGAGAGAAACCUUAUAAAUGUUCACACUGCGACAAGAGAUUCAGUUGCAUAGGAAAUCAGAAAUCACAUGAGAAGAUUCACACUGGAGAGAAACAUUACAGGUGUUCACACUGCGACAAGAGAUUCAGUCAUUUAGGAAACCAGAAAUCACAUGAGAGGAUUCACACUAGAGAGAAACGUCACAAGUGAAAUUCAGUCAGUCAAAAACACUGAAAAACACACGAGGGUCACAUCUGAGAGUAACCUCAAUGUACAAUUAUGCAAACUUGCAAUAUUGAUGGGUCUUGCAAUAUUGAUGGAUCACUUAAUGUCCACACGGGGGACUAUUUGAAAACUAUUUACUGUACACCACACUGCUUUAAUGCCAACAGCAGAUGUCUUUGGCUAAAAGGGAGCUGAAUGGAGUGAGGACCUAACUAAAAAUGCUGGACUCUGCAGUUCUUAUGUUAUAUCAGGUAAGUUCACGCUGUGCUGAAUCAUACACAUUACUCAUUUUUGAUUGCAGCAAUGUUGAACGAAUAUGGCCGAUCAAUUAUUUGGCUUUUAUUCAACAAAUGCGUCAGCCAACACAGCACCAACAGUACGCCCAGGAAAAGACUGAAUGGUCAGUUGUAAUCUGAGGUAUUUACGACACAAAGGAAUGUGCUCACUGCACUGGACAGACAUGGUCAAAACUUCUAUAAGCUCCUUGCUUAAGACUGAUGUUUUAUUGUAAACUUUUAUUCUCUCUUCAUGUGUAAUCAGCUGUUUUGCAAUGUUUCCCUUGCUCCUGUAUUAAUAUUAUUGUUUUAAUACUUCUGCAAUCAAUGUUUACCUCUACUGCAGCUAAACAAGCUCAUAGAUAGUUCAUGUUUGAUGUCCUUUUGAAGCGAUUGUUUACAUUUUAUGUUAAUACAAGUGCAACAUAUUAACAUUUUAAGAAACUUGAACAUUUCUGCCUUAGUUUACAUCAAAGUACCUAUGCAAAUCACUAUAUUUCUGAACAAAGGACUAAUAAGCAUGUCUCAGGGAAGUUAUUUCUGAUUGGUCAAAUUGGCCCUGGAGGGUGGAUACAAACCAUCCUUAUAAAAGCUUGUGCCUAAGCCACUGCCCUAAGACAGAAGAGACCCAAAAGACCCGAAGACAUUAGAAAGAAACAGACCUAAGCAGAUAAACCUUCAAGAAUGCAGAAACAGGAAACCCCAGAGACCCAGAAACCCCAGGCCAGAGAAAGGCUUGAACUCCGAGGACUCCAGGGAGCAGGCGGGGACCCAGACGAAAUGGGUUAAUCACACAGUUCAGACAUUCCCAUCUCUGAUACGUUCUUUUCUUUCUUGUCCAUCGAGAGUCUAACGUUAGUUAAGUUUAGUGCGCCGCAAACCAGUAGUCCUCAUGAUUUGCACUGUUGCCGCUUCAAGCUUGAAAUGACCGACUUCACCCCACUCCAAGGCUCGCGAGGACAAAGAACGACCAGCCAGCCACGUGCUCAACAGAGGGAGCUUCUUCACAUCACAAAGGAAUGCAAGUAACACUUCCAUCUGAACUGGUGUGAACUAAAUGGAACCCUAAAGAGACCAUAGAAGGGUUCGCUUGAUUAUUUUUGGUUCGCUUGGUUUGGUCUUACAAAAUCUGAGGUUUUCCAUCAUUACAUUCUCUCAACCUCUUACUUUACUUUCUUUACUCUUCUCUACACUUGUAUGAAUGUGUGUUUGUGUUAGGUGUUAGUUUCUGUUAGAUUAGUCAAUAAAGUUUCAUUUUGUAUAAA